AUGUCGAGAGACUUCCUCAUAGACUUCAUUAAUUUAUAUAGAGAAAAUCCAUGCCUUUUGAAGGCAAAAUCCAAAGAAUUAUCGGACAAACAUAAGAAAAAUGCGGCAUAUGAGAUACUCAUAGAAAAAUUAAAAGAGGUAGAUCCCGCAGCCAAUAAAGAUGCCGUAAUAAAAAGAAUCAAUUCAUUGCGUACUGUAAAACGGGGUUACUUUUCACUGAGCAGAGUAACUUUGCACCGAGCAUGUAAAAGGAAAAAGUGGUCUUACAAAGAAAUGGAAAAUAUGACCUAUGAAGAGUACAGAAAUAUAUUUUUUGAGGACAUACCUUCAGGAAAUGAAUCGGAGGAUGAUCAAAAUGGGUCAGAUGAAGACGUGCAUUUUGCAGCACAAAAGCGGAACAACUCCGUACGCGAUGGUCGUGCAGUACUUGCAAUGUCGGUUUGUGUCUCACUGACCAAAAAAAUUGCUUUGAAAAAUAUCAUAGCAAAUAAGUUGUCAAAUGUACUUGAGCUUUGGACCUUAAAUUUGACAAUAUAUGAUUCAACAAACAAUUUGUCCUAUUGCUUGGUAUGGGAUGAAUCUGAGGCUGGGAGAGGAGGCACCGAAAUCGCAUCUGCAUUGAUGAAGUCGGCUGAAAGUACCAUUUCUCAUACUACCAUAGAACAUCUAAUAAUUUGGUCGGACAACUGCCCCGGUCAGAAUCGUAAUAUUGUUAUGAUGCUCACCUAUCUAUGGCUAUUGAAGAUUUGUCUAAAUUUGAAGACUGUUGAACACAAAUUCUUGCUACGAGGUCAAACACACACGGAGACGGAUCACGUACAUGCUCUGAUUGAAAGAUCAUUAAAAAAGCAACCAACUAUGGAAAUUUGCACACCUUGGGACUGGCAGCAAUUAAUUAGAUCAGCAGGUGCAACUGUCAUAAAACUAAAUCUUGCUGAUCUCAAACAUGUGAAUUACUUGUACAGUCAACCUAAAGCCCCGUUUAUUAAUAGAAAAAAAAUACUCAGAAAGAAGAUUUUCCUAUAUCAAACGUUGUAUAUUUUCGAAUUCAAGCUGAUCAUCCCAGCACAGAGUUUUACAAGUUAA